GCGUCUAGUCACCACGCCCGACCUGCCAGGUGUUUGGGUGGCGAACUACGAGCUGGCGUGUGUAGUAGAAAGGCCGCGGGCUGCAACCGCGUGUCAUUCAUGAAUGAGUGCAGCCGCUGAUGCUGUCUACUAUGCAAGCGUCUGUGUAUUUUCUCGGCAGCUGGGAGCGGGGCAGCUACUUCUCGUCAAGUUGUUCAGUGAUUUUGUGUUGAACACCAGUGACAGUUUCAGUUUUGUAUUACCUCUUAACUGGAUCUAUCCCGGAUUCUAUCACUGCAGACACCUCAUCACUGUCGACCUCAACGUCGGGAGAAUCACUCUCUUAAACCGUUGCUCUAGAUUUAAGACACCACUGCAAACAGCCAGCUUUUAGGUUCCCUGGGAUAUUUCCACCUGGGUAUCGGCAGUCCUGGCCCAUCAGACAGCAAUGAGGCGGCCAUGCGAUAACACCACGUGUUUGGAGAACAGCCGGACAUCAUGAUUCCUGCCAUUGAAAUGGAAACAUUCAUGACGAUGAACACCAGUACUCCAGACUCUCUCGGUGCCACCUCAUUGCCGUCAGACAACACCUCAUCCAGCGACUACGACUACAAGCACGACGGCCAUGCACUAUUCAAAUGGCACGGCUCAGAGAUACUCUUCCUUGUAAUAAUAUUCCUGGUGGGUACGGUGGGAAAUGGCCUCGUAUUGUACAUCUACCACAUCCGGUGGAGACGCUCCAACUUUACCUUCUUCAUCAAGGUCUUGGCGGCCAUAGACUUCUUCAACUGUGUUGUAUCAGUGCCGAUGUUUUUUGUGAUGACAGUAGACGGCAGCCAUUCGGCGUUCGCCCCGCUGUGUAAGACGACAUCGUUUAUAGCAAUGUCCAACGCCGUGUCGUCAGCUGUGGUCCUGACAAUAGUUGCCUUUGACAGAAACAGGAAGAUCCACAGACCACUAAAGCAUGAGAUUCGUGAAUCCACUACACGUCAGCUGGUGGUGAUCGCACUAGCGAUUGGACUAAUAGUGUCUGUGCCUGGUGUCUUCACGUUUGGAAGUAAACGUACUCGUUAUAGCGAGGACGGUAGGUUAUUCAACAUCACAUGGUGUUUCUUCUCGGACGAGAAACUAGGCACUACCCUGGUGUACGCCUAUGUUGGGGUGCUAGGUGCCGUGUUCAUGGUCAUCAUGGUUGCCAUGUCGACUCUGUACUUUUCGAUCUGGAGAGCACUUCGGGUUCAUCUACAGAGGCGGGAAUCCCUUGGGUGCCACAGGUCUUCCAUCGGCAUGACCAAAAACGGAAACUACUACAGAUCUCAAAAGACUACAGCUAAGCUAUUCUUUAUCAUAACUGUGGCAUUCUUUGUGAGUUACUUCCCCUAUUAUAUCAGCAUUGCAGUAUUCCUCAUAGAUGAUUACAAGCAUCAGUUGACAUCGUUGACGAAAGCUUUCGCCGACAUUGCCAAACUUGCGCCAUUGGCGAGUUGUGCUAUAAACCCUCUAAUAUACAGUAUAUCCUCGGCUCGAUUCAGGCGGGAGAUUGCCCAGAUCUUUAAACGUGCCGGGCGAACGUCUGAAGCGAAAAAGAAGAUUUUGUUCAACUCACUAAAUAGCCAGGAACAAGCCGGGCAGCUCAAACUGAAACACUCUCGCUCACAGUCGGGCUCGUCAUUUGGACUUAAGUCAGUCUCAAAUGAUCAGAUUGUGUUUGGAAAGAUCAACAUUCCUGGAACUGAUAAACAAUCGUACUCUUGAACUCCAUAUGUGACUUAAGUGAUAUGCAGCCUUCUAUAUGUAUUUUUCUACAGUGGACAAGACCAAAGCCAGUUGUUGCCUUCUUCCCUCAUCUCCAAACAAAGGGGACGAUUCUCUGUGUGUUCAUUCGCUGUGUUAAAGUGACAUCUGAAAAUAAUAUCCACCAUUUAAAGGUGUGCCGGGGAAUUUAACGAAUCCCUAUUCAAUGAGCUAAGCCAAAGGUAACAUUGCGACCUCGGGGAAGUAGGAGGCGCACAAAUAUUUGUUUUUCUAUUAGCCUAUGAAAUAUCUAAUGACACAAUAUCUCACAUGUCUUUUAUCAAAACCGUUCCCAGUGUUUACAUGUGUUGAAGUUAAUUUUUCAAUUUUAAAUAUUUUCUCUUUCUUUGAACAUGGAUGCUUAAAUGUUUGAAACACAUUCCUCACCAUGUCUAAGAGGUACGAUAUGAUUGGUUAGAAUGUUAGCUAUUUGUCAGCAGCUCACACUGGCGGUAUGUUGAUCCGAUGGUUAUAUUCAGACUGACGAUAACACGGCGGACCGUCGGUCACAUCCAGUAUGCUGGCAUACAUUACGUCCUUCCAGGAUGACCAACACACAUAUUUUCAUUUUACAUGUGUUUUCUAUCACGUGUCAGCUUCAUAUAAAAUCUCUUGUUUCA